UUGAAUCGCUGAGUGCGAUACACUUCUAUCCAUCUCACUCGCGAGGAAGGUGGUUGCACAUUACCGACUAUCAGCAGUCGCUACCGGAGACGCAUGAGAAACACCGAGUGAAAGCCGCGAAACAGUACGAGGAGCCAGCAAAGGUGUGCUUGACUCAAAAGUACGGAAAGGAGGAAACUUCGCAUAAACUAUGGCCGUAUCAGCAACUCCUCCGGUGCUUUCACCGACCUCCACUCCCGGGGGCGCGAGCAGCCUGUUCCGUCCCGACUCUCUGUACUCCAGCCCGGCCGAGUCCCCGCGACUGACCAGCAGCAUGAUCAACUCUUUCAUCACCGGCACCGGCGGCGGCGGCGGCAGCACUAACGGGAACGGGCCCGGCGGUGUCCACAAUAACGAGUGUAAGAUGGUGGAGGUGCACGGGGUGAAAGUGGCCUCGUUCGCCGUGGACGGUCAGGAGCUCAUCUGCCUCCCGCAGGUGUUCGACAUGUUCCUGAAGCACCUGGUCGGCGGACUGCACACCGUCUACACCAAGCUGAAGCGGCUGGAUAUAUGUCCGGUGGUGUGCACGGUGGAGCAGGUGCGGAUCCUGCGCGGACUUGGGGCCAUUCAGCCGGGCGUGAACCGGUGCAAACUCAUCACCCGAAAAGACUUCGAGGCGCUUUAUAACGACUGCACCAAUGCCAGUUCUCGGCCCGGUCGUCCUCCCAAGCGUUCUCUCGGCAUGGCGAUGCAGGACAGCUCUCGUCUGCUUCCUCACAGCGUUCACGGGCUGCUCUCUCCCAGUCUGCUCUCCCCGACAGGUCUGACAGCAGCAGCCAUGGCUGAAGCUAUGAAACUCCAGAAAAUGAAACUGAUGGCCAUGAACAACAUUCACGGAGCAGGAAGCCAGAACGGUACUGAGUCAGAGAACGAGGAGCUGAACUCCAGUGCAGGUGGCAGCGAGUCGUCCUGGGAUAAAGAGAAACUCCAGUCCCCCCCCUCCUCCAGAGCCCAGCAUGGUCUGGCUCACGCCGUCCUCGCCGCUCAGCACGGCCUGUCAGGGUCUCAUCUCUCUUCCCUACAACAGAGUCAUCUCCUGGCUAACCGCCCCCCUCUAUCAUUGGUCAGACAACCUGAUAGUCCCGCCCCCAACUUUAUGCCAUUGGUCGAGCCAGUGUUGCUGUGUCAGGCUGGGCUGGACCUGCCGUUUAUGAUGAUGCCCCACCCCCUGCUGCCCGUCAGUCUGCCGCCUGCCUCCGUUGCCAUGGCGAUGAACCAGAUGAACCACCUGAACACCAUCGCCAACAUGGCCGCAGCUGCUCAGAUGCACAGCCCCCUGUCCAGAGCAGGAGCAUCUGUCAUCAAGGAGUGUGUACAGGACAGUCCGUCUCCUGCUCCGUCUCUGGAGGAAACCCCUCGUCCCGGAUCACAGCCCUCUUCCCACCCCAGCAGUAGUGUGUCCAGCUCCCCAAACCCACACACACAGAGUCAUGAACGCCUGGUUUUGAACCCAACCGAUGGAGAACUGCCAGAACGAGACACCGGCAUCAAUAUGAAGAAAAUCCUUAAAGAGAAAGAUGAGGCUCAGUUAGCUUUGCCCAUACAGAAACCAGGGUUCGAGAAGCUUCCUCUGGGCACUCAGACUCUUCCUCCAGGCUUCCCCGCUCCCUUCCUGUUUGCAGAUGGCCUCUCUUCCGUGGAGACAUUGCUCACUAACAUCCAGGGUCUGCUGAAGGUGGCCGUGGAUAAUGCCCGCGUGCAGGACAAACAAGUGCAACAGGAACGCAAGGAGUUAAAGAUGGAGCUGUACAGAGAAAGAGAGAUGAGAGAGAGUCUGGAGAGACAACUCACCUCUGAACUGCACAGCCGAGCCACUAUUCAGAAGCGUCUGAAGAAGGAAAAGAAGUCGAAGAGGAAACUGCAGGAGGCUCUGGAGUUUGAGUCCAAGAGGAGAGAGCAGGUGGAACAGGCGCUCAAACAGGCCACAUCUCCUGAGAGUCUCCGCAUGAGUCUCAACGAGGCAGUGAUACCAGAGGUGAAGUCUGAACAUAAUGGCAGCCAGCAGGAGAACUCAGCUGUACAAGGUAAUAAUUUACUGUAUGUAAACUACAUGUGUAACUACAAAACUCGAAAUAAAGACCUGACAUCAUACGUAUGGUCAAUAGUCUGUAUUUGAAUGAAAGGUAAAAAUGGCUGCAGUUGAGAAGAUGCAACCAGCCAUGUGCUGUACAUAUGGUCCAGAGGCCCCCCUCUC